AUGAACAGCAGAUUUUCUUUGAGUACUUUUCUGAUUGUUAUUUACCAAUGCAUAACCACCAAUGUUGUGAUAACGCUUGCCACAACAUCAUGCUCUGAAGAUACUGCUUCAAUAUGCCCAAAUAAAUUAGGCGAUGCCGUAUGUGAACGAUUCUUUGAAAAGCCAACUAAACUCAGUACUGGUUGGGUAGUAGAUGCUAACUGUACAAGACUCGAAUACAAAAGUUUGGCAGUCCAGUGUCGUCGAACGUGUAUGACGUGUUGCAGAGAUCCUGCUUAUCAAUGCGAAAACAGUAAAAAUUCACGUCUUAACUGUACGGGAAUUGCUGAGGCUGGUGGUUGUGUUACUGAAGUGCCGUGGGUCGCAGCGAUGUUACAGCAGGAAUGUCCACAUUCGUGCGGUUUAUGUGAAGUUUCAUUCUGCGCUGACAAGCAUGAAAUGUGUCCUUUGUUAGCGGAAAUAUGUAACCACAAAAGUUGGUUCCAAUAUAUGGGGGAUAUGUGUCCACGAACUUGCAAAACUUGCAACAAAAGCGGUAGAACCGCUGUUUCAUUGACACAUAUUUAG